AUGGCAGUUCUUCACCGGGCUCUUUUCACCUGGUUUGUCCUGCUGGUGUUCCUUGUGCUGCUUGUACUCCGGUUGGACUCGCGGAUCCAGUGGAACUGGUUCAUUGUCUUCAUCCCGCUAUGGUUUUAUGACAGCAUCCUCAUGAUCUACGUCUUCUUCAAUAUGAUGUCCUACUGCAGGAACAGCGUGGACCGCUUGCCCAACUCGGUCCAGAGAAAGCUCUGGUACCUGCUCGCCAUCCUGCUCAAACUCAUAUCGAUCAUCAUACUCUGCUUAAAACUGGAGAACAUCAUCUCCAACAUUCCAACGGUGUAUAUUAUGAUACCAAUAUGGAUACUGAUGCCUUUUAUGAUAUCUGAUGUUUUCAUGUCUCUCAUUAAGAGUAGCAGGAACAGAUUUGUUUGA